GCCACCGAGAGCCUGAAGCCGCUCAGUGCGGAGUGGGAGCGGACGCCGAGGCCGAGCCGCUGGUGGUGACCACAGCGACAGGAGGUGGUGGACACCAGGUCCGCAUGCGGGGACGUGUGUGACUCUGUGCAGUCGUGGGCGCCACCGGUCGCUGCUCUUCAUCCACAACAUUGGGAGGAGAAGCGGAGUGAGAUCAACAAUAUAAAAUGGUUACAUGUCCCACAAAUGUACUACUAAAGUGGCUUGAACACCUGAAUAGUUCCUGGGCCUUAGAAGACAGUGAGUCCACAGCCACAAGAGAAGGUGCCUCCGCAUUAUAUGAAAAACUACUCCAGAACAAAGAAGUGGUAGGGAUAUCUCACCAGGCGCAAAAUCUGAUAGGUCCAAGAUUGCCAGAUUUUGAAUAUGAAUCUUCAGCUGUGGAAGAACGUGAGCGUUAUCUCUCUGCACUGCUUAACAGCCAACAAAAUUUGGCCAGGACGGUCUUUGGGAAUUCACCUUUUGCUGUUGCCUUACACAUGCGUUUGGUGUCACUUCAGAGGAUAUUCUACGCACUUUCUAACAAGUACCACGAUCGGUUCAGACCAGAGCGUCAAGUACAAAGGCAGAGUUCUGACAGCAGAUUAGAUCUAGGUGACACGUUGGCCAGGAAUAAGAGAAUAAAAUCAGGUACUGAUGUUCUAAUAGAAAUGGGAGUGAAGACUGGUCUAAGUCUGCUCUUUGCACUAAUUCAACAAAAUUGGCAACAGUCAAGGAUAGAUCCAAGCUUAAGCUUGUGCAAUGAUGUUUUGUGCACAGCCUGCACUAUUAUCAAUUCUCUACCUCCACUUUCUCUAGCAAAUGAAAACAAAAUCCCACAAGUUGGUUUGGACUGCCUUGCACAAGUUACAACAUUUCUGAAGAAAAUGACCAUGCCUAGUUCUGGGGCUGACAACGAAGGGCGAAGAUUGGCUUUAGAAUUAUUAUUGGGUCUUGCAGUACAGCGUGGUUCCUUGAAGUUCCUACUUGAAUGGAUUGAAGUAGCAUUGGCAGCUUCUGCAGCUGCUACAAAACCACCUUUUGAACCGGAGAAAGAAGGAAUGAUUGGAUAUGAUUGUUUUUUAAAAUCAUUGGAACAACUGAGACAUUCUUCAAGUACAUGUGUAGAUAAUCUGCAAAAUCAAGACCUCAAAAAAACUCCAGAUGGAUUGUGUUCCCUGUCUCAUGCUGCAAUUUGUCUUUUUGAAGAGAUUUGCAGCUUAGCACUAGAUUGCCUAUGCAGUACCAGUUCUCAUAACUCUCAAAGUCAUGAUUGUGAAACAAGUGCCGUGUAUGUUUGGGGAAGUAACAGCAGCCAUCAGUUAGCAGAAGGGACUCUGGAGAAAAUCUUGCAGCCCAAAUUAGCACUUGGAUUUGCUAAUGCAAAGACGAUUGAGGCUGGCCAGUAUUGCACAUUUGCAGUUUCAGAGGAUGGCUCUGUGAAAGCUUGUGGAAAAGGUAGCUAUGGCAGACUUGGACUGGGUGACUCCAACAACCAGUCAGCAGCAAAAAAGCUCACAUUUGAACCUCAUCGAAGCAUCCGUAAAAUAUCAUCCUCAAAAGGUUCAGACGGACAUACGCUAGCAGUAACUACAGAAGGAGAAAUGUUCAGUUGGGGAGAUGGCGAUUAUGGGAAGCUUGGACACGGAAAUAGUGCGACCCAGAAAUAUCCCAAAUUGAUUCAAGGACCAUUACAAGGAAAGAUUGUGGUCUGUGUGUCAGCAGGAUACAGGCACAGUGCAUCAGUAACAUCCGAUGGGGAACUUUAUACCUGGGGAGAGGGAGACUUUGGCAGACUCGGACAUAGUGACAGUCAUAGUCGCAAUCUACCAGCUCUUGUUAAAGAUAUCAGUAGUGUUGGCCAAGUAGCUUGUGGCAGCUCUCACACUCUUGCUGUAUCUCAGGAUGGACGGACAGUUUGGUCAUUUGGAGGGGGAGACAAUGGUAAGCUUGGUCAUGGAGAUACUAACCGAGUGUACCGGCCAAAGGUAAUUGAAGGUUUCCAGGGACUGUAUAUUAGGAAGGUUUGUGCUGGAAGCCAGUCUUCACUUGCAUUGACUUCUGCUGGACAGGUGUUUGCUUGGGGCUGUGGCUCUUGCCUAGGUAGUGGUUCUUCAGAAACAACAGCUCUUAGACCACGACUAGUUGAGGAGCUGAAUUCAACCAAAAUCAUCGAUAUUUCUUGUGGAGAUAGCCAUUGUUUGGCACUAACUCAUGACAAUGAAGUUUAUGCUUGGGGUAAUAAUGCAAUGGGUCAAUGUGGACAGGGGCAUACGUCAACCCCAAUUGCUAAACCGAAGAAAGUACUUGGUUUGGAGGGAAUACCUAUACAACAAAUCACUGCAGGAACUUCUCACAGCCUAGCUUGGACAGCUGCUCCAACUGAUAGACAACUAGUAGCCUGGCACAGACCUUUCUGCGUUGAUUUGGAAGAAAGUACUUUUAGUUACUUGCAAACAUUUUUGGAUAGGUACUGUGAUGGCAUUAACAGUGAGGUACCUCCACAACCUUUCUUCUCUCAAAGGGAGCACCAUCACUUUGUGUUUCUUUGUUUGAAGUUGCUUUCUACUCAUCUUUCCCUGGCUCAAGCUGGAGGAACUGGUGCUACUGUCCUUGGCCAACAGGGUAGACCACUAAGGAAUUUGCUUUUUCGGUUAAUAGACUCUGAUGUCCCAAAUUCCAUUGAAGAGGCAGUCAAUGAAACACUUUCAGUUGGUGCAUCUUUACUGUUGCCUCCACUCAGGGAACGUACUGAGCUUUUACACAAUCUUCUACCUCAAGGUCCAGAAAGAUGGGAAAGUUUAUCAAAAGGACAAAAAAUGCAGUUGGAUAUCAUUCUGACCAGCCUACAGGAUCAAUCCCACAUCGCAUCUCUAUUAGGUUACAGCUCACCUGUUGACAUAACAGAAGGGUUCUCGCAGAAGUGCGUUUCGGAUCAGGACUCAACCAAUGCUGGAAAUAUCGACCACUUUCAUUUAGCAGAGAUCCUUUUAAAAACUCUAUUAAGGAACAUCAGUUUCUACACUGAGCGUGCUUUUGGAGAGCUGGAAAAGAACAGUGAUAAGCAACAAAGUAAUACAACAAAUACAGAAAGUAGACCACCUUCACAUGUCCAUCAACUGCUGUCUGCAUUACAUAAACACCUGCUGGCUCACUGUUACUCAAAUUCUACUGCUAAGGAUCAGUUAAGCGUAGAUUUGCUGCAUAAACACUUGCACUUGUUGCUGCUGUAUGCGUCUGAUACUUACAGACGAUCUGCUAUUCUUCUGAAAGAAAGCUUAGUGGAUAGAAGUGUUACAGAGAAAUUACACGGGAUUCUUUUUAACUCUGCAGCUGGAAGUAUUUUGUGUCAGGUGAUCUAUUCUCUUCUGCUGCUACCUGCUAGUAUUGUACGACCUAUGCUUGGCGGUCUUCUAGAUCUUCUUCAACCUCUGGAUUGUCUAAACAGGCUUUUACCAGCUGCACUGUUAUUGGAGGAACAAGAACUUGAAUGGGUGAUCCAUGUCUUGAUUUGGUUGAUUGAUAUGGAACGCACCAUUUCCUUCACUAUUGGGCAAUGUCUUGGAGAAAUGCUGCAAGGUCCUCUUUGUUCACCAGAAGAACUAAAUUCAGCAUACUGGCUGCAAAGCAAACUCCUCAGCAAUGGCCUUGAAAUUGACGGCGAAACAGCUCAAUCUUUGUAUUUCCUUCCCAAAGACUCUUACAUUAAUAGUCUCACCACAAAGGCCUUGGCUCGCUCUGUGGAAAGGAAGUCAUUUGAGUUUCGGGUUUCUGAAGACACUGCAGUACUAAUAGACAUUGCACUUGAGUGGGAGAACAGUGCAAAUGGAGAUUAUUUGCUGGACGUUGUCUCACGAUUUGUCCUUGCAGUAUUACUUAAACACACAGGAUUAUUGCAAGAAGCCUGCAAAGAUGACUGUUGCCAGUCCAGUGAAAGACUUGUGGAAAUAUAUCAAUGUGUCUACAGGGUUAGAAGUGCACUCCUGGCUCAAAAGAAUGUUGCCUAUGAUACUGCAAAUAUCCAGCUGCCUAGUUGGUCUAGACAGCUUUCAGAUAUCUCAGAUGAUGUUGAGGAUGAGCUGCAAGAAAAUUGUAGUACUUCUGCUAAGCCAAAUGAGAAUAAUAGACGAUCAGAAGAACCACAGUACAAUAUGGAAAGGGAGAUUGUCUUACUGGACACAGAGGAUUUUCCAAAGAUAAGCAAGGUUUUGGAGUGUUUCCUUGCUCGAAAGGCAGCUUGUCAUGAAAAUGAAACCGUGUAUGAAUAUUCGGGCACAAGCACCCGACCCAACAGUACAGGCAGUGUGGAAGUUCCAGAAAGUGAAGCUGCUCAAAAAGAGAAAAGAACAGAUUCAGAAGACCAGUAUUCCCCUAUCUCUGUGUGCCACUACGUAAUUGUUCGUUGUGCAUUCCUUAUUCUUGGAGUAAGGGCCAUGUGGUGGGAAAAUGUAUAUCAAGAAGAGACAACGUCAGUUAAAUCUAGAAACGAAACUUCUACCCAAGAGGAACAGUCAUCUCGGGCAAGACUUAGACAAAAUCAAAGUGAUUCCGAUGCAAGGAAACAAGUGAAUAAAGAAAUUACCGAAGGACAAACAGGAACACAGACAAGAUCAUCUGACCACACACUAGGAAUGUCAUUGUGUUCACGAGGCAUUAUGAAAGAUGCUUGGCACCUGCUACGACAGUGUAUUAGCCCACCAGAGAGUACCCAAGCAUCUACAUUGGCUCCAUUGCUGAAUGAUAUCUUUCAGUUCCUGUGUGGGCAUCUUACUCAACCCUCAAAUCUAGUAGAACAAGAAACUGGCAAAGAGGCUGACCCUAAGGUGGUUAUCACAGCAAUGGGUCACCAGCAAAAAAGAGCAGAGCUUCGUCUUGAAGCCCUUUGUCAGAUUUCAUCUUUUCUCUCUGAAAUGGAGGGUAGAAGUGACUUCUCUAUGGACACUUCAGAUGCACCAUUGAAGUCUACUGGUCUCCUAACAACAGUGCAGCUACAAUUUCUUACUGGCUGUUUUGAUUUGGGAACAGCAAACACAGCAAACAUCAAGCAGAAUUGUGGAAAGCUCCAACAUUAUCAGGAUGUAACACAUGCUGCCUGUGGAAGUACACAGAAGGAGCUUCAGGCUGCAGCACAUAAGCUCUACCAGCAUCUGGUUUCUGCUCUGGAAAGGGGACUUGCAACUGGAAAUGAACUCUCAGGAGCCCAGCAGCAUCUGUUGUUGGCUACCAUAUUUGCCUUAAAUAUACGAUACCAACCUACUGACAUAACAGUAGUCAUUAACAGUGGUCUUCUAGACGCUCUUUCAAAGCUGACAAACUCCUGUCUUCUGGUAAACCAGCGGUGGUUGAUGGCUUCAGUGUCUGGCCAUUCCCAGCUAAAUCUGGCAUUAAAACUGGCUGGUGCGAGGCUUUUGCAGAUUUUGGCUAUCACUGCUAGUUCCUAUGCAGAUACUUUGUGCCCAGAAGUAGUUCAAGCACCAAUGGACGUGUUGUGCUGCCAGUUGCAAAAUUUUUUGCAUGCAAUGUGUGGAAAUGCAGAAUGUGAAGUAACUGGAGACAAAUGCAAAGAGCCACAUGGCUGUGGAGCCAGCACCAGAUCGGAAAGUAAAGAUUUUGUCAAUAACAGAAGAAUUGUAGAAACCCAGCUGGGAGACUUCCUUGUUUUUCUGCGUCGUGUUAUCUCCAUCAGAAGCAUGCAGAAUAAUAUGGUUUCUGUGAAAUGGAUUGACCCAAUUUUAUUGAUAGCUUCAGGGAUGAGUGCAUCAGGUGUUCCACUUAUCCAUAAUUUACGCACCAAGUUGCUAGCAUUACAUAUUUUGGAGUCGCUGUUGUCUGCCUGUUUUGAACCAAACCAAAUAAAGGAGACUUUGGAGGGACUCUUCAGUUCACUUUCUGCUUGUAUGUGGGACAUGCCACUUGCUUUAAGCAAACUGGAAAAAGUAGAGAAAUCAUUUGAGGAUAAAGAAAGUGACAACAUACCUAUUAAAGAAUUUUCCUUUGAUCCGGAAAAAAUGGUUUGCUGUGUAAUGGAAGCAGGAAAUGUUUUAUCUCAUGGUACAGGGGGUAAAGGAUAUGGCUUAGCAUCAACAGCCAUAACAUCUGGAUGUUUUCAAUGGAAGUUUUACGUAACCAGGGAAAAUAAAGGUAAUGAAGGUACAUGUGUCGGAGUCUCACGGUGGCCAGUCAGAGAUUUCAAUCAUCGUACAACAUCAGAUAUGUGGCUCUACAGAGCUUAUAGUGGGAAUCUCUACCACAAUGGGGAGCAAGGCUGUACUCUACCUAGCUAUACACAAGGAGAUUGUAUAACUUGUGUUCUGGAUGUGGAAGCAAGAACAAUUUCAUUUGGAAAGAAUGAUGAGGAACCAAAAUUAGCCUUUGAAGAUGUUGAUGCAACUGAAUUGUAUCCUUGUGUGAUGUUUUAUAGCAGUAAUCCUGGAGAAAAGGUGGCACUUUGUGACAUGCAAAUGCGUGGAAUGCCUCGAGACCUUCUACCUGGUGAACCAUUUUGCAGUCCUCUUAUGACUGCACUGGCAGAGGCAACUGUACAGUUGAUCCGAAAACUACAUGGAAAUGACAAUUGGAUGUCUGCAAUUAACCACCAUAUGCUUUGUAGGCUAGAGUUGAUUGGUUCUAUUAUGAAAGAAGCAAAAAUUUUGAAACUGAAUAAGACUCGAGGUAAAUAUUCCAUCAAGAAAAGCACCCUCGAGGAAAGAGAGUUGAGAGGGCAGGAGGACAACCUAUUAAAGGAUGAAGAUAAGAUCCAGUGUAUCACAGACUUAGCUGAACUACAACUCCGAAUGCUAUGCAGAGAAGUCUGGCCUGUUCUGGCAGUUGUUGGUGGAAUAGAUGGCGGCCUCCGAGUUGGUGGUCAAUGCUUACAUAGGCCUUCAGGUCGCAAAGCAACCCUUUUAGGAGUUACAAAAGCAGGAGGCACCUUUGCAAGACUACAGUGGGAAGAUGCAGAAAUUGCCAUCAGUGACACAUCACUCUCCUCUCUGGAACCCUGCAAGUCUUGUUGCUUUGACAUGACUAGAUUCCAUGGUCUUAUGCCAUCCAUGUUAUUAGACCUGACCUACUUGACAGGAGUACACGAAGAGCCUGAAAUAUGCAACAAGAUGACACAAAAUAAAGACCUUCCUGAGAAAGCUGUCAAGAAUGAAAUGGAAAAAAAGCUGGAUGAAGAAAUUGCAAAAUUUAUGGUAGAUGAUGACCACAAAGAUCCCUCCAGCAUACAAAGUGAAGAAUCUUCAAAUGUUCUCUCCAAAGACUUACUGGAUCCUAAUGAAGAAAGUGAGGCUCGUAAAGGAUGUGCUAUAAAAGGGAGUGCUGAAUUAAUUGAAACCUGCCCAAAGUCAUGUGAUAGAACUGUACAAAAAUAUGAAUUAUUUUUAGCUGAACUACGAGCUGUGCAACUUUCAUACUUGUCUGUUGGGGCCAUGAAGACACUCAGUGUUAUACUGAGUUACAGCAAAUAUGCAGACUUGCUCCUUAUUCCCAGCAUCAUAGCAAGCAGCCCAUGUACUUCAGAGUAUGCCAAAGCCACUGCUGGCUCCCCAGAGAAUGCCGAACUAAGAGUGGUGCUUCAUUAUAUAAUGAGGUGUAUGGUAAAAUGGGCAGUACGACCAUGUCCAAUUAAACGGGUAGUUUCACUAGCUGAUCUAGAACGUGCGCAUAUCAUGAUAUUCAAAUCUGCAUUGGGUUCUUUGGUGGAAGAUUACAGGACCAAAGAGAGUAAAGAUGCAUCAUUAACAGAAAAUUCCAAACUUCACUCUCAAGCAGCAUCAACUUCAUCUAGUACAGUUUCACUGUAUUCUAACUCUUCUGAGGAAAGUACAGGUGUUCCCAUCUCAGUGCCAGCUUCAAAUUCUUCUUCGGCCACUAAUUUGGGUUCUUUAGUCUCUGCAAAUGGAUUGGAAAAUUUUAAUCCUUUCUUGCCUGUCAAUGUCUUACAGUCUAUGGAUCCAGUGACAUCUGAGGCAACUCAGCUAGUGAGACAAAUGGUUUUUGUCAGAUUUCCUUCACUCUCUGGAUUGCUUAACAAUCCUUUAUUACUCCCUGGAUUGAAUGUGGUACCUGCUAUUUCAGAUGAUGAUGGGGAGCAAAGGAAUUAUUUUUCAUUUCCUUCUGUUUCUGACAGACAAUGUAGUUCACCUGAUUCUAGAAGUGAUCUUCCUGAGCAUCCACCACCUGUUGCUGUCCCCUUACUAGAAAUGGGUUUUUCCUUGAGACACAUUUGCAAAGCAGUUGAUGCUGCAGGAAUUUCUGGAGAUGCAGACCCACAAUCAAUUGAGCAAUUAGCCAGCUGGAUGCUAGAACAUCCACUAGCAGAAGAACAAGAAGUAAUUGUCUAUUCCUCAGCAACUAUGGACAAUGAUUUGGAGCCACCUGUGGUGUCUGAGGUUAUAGUGCACAAUCGAUCAACUACGCCUGUGUCUCCUGACAGUGUUGAUAGGGAAGAUGCGGUUGAAGGAACUACUGAUGGUUUGGAUCAGAUAGAAAGAGGAAACUUUAUUGAUGUGCAUUUGACUAGAAAUAGGCCUCCACCAGCUCGAAGACACAGAGCAAGCCAAGGACAGAGAUCUGCCUUCAUAAGGGCUGGAUCCAGAUCUCCUCCGAUGGUACAGUCAUCGCUACGAAGAGAGCCUGAAACUGCAGGGUGGCAGGAAACUGAUGCAAUGUCUGACCGCAAUCUGGAUGGAGAGUUGGAGCUCUGUUUUUCGGAGGAUCCACUAUCUGAAGGUUCUGUUGAGGAUAUGUUUCCUUCUGAAUGUGGUACUGAAAAUGAAGCACAGGGCAUUUGGUUGUCUGAGAUGAUGGAUUGGCCAAACAUGUGCCAGGAUAGCUCAGAUGCAGAGGAGGUUGUGAUUUGUGAACUGUGUGAUACUCGUACAACGCAAUUCAACAAUCAUAUGAAACGGCAUCACCCUGGUUGUGGAGAGAGUGCAGGCCACAUGGGAUAUCGAAGUAAUGGAGCCUAUGUUGAUGGUUGGUUUGGAGGAGAGUGUGGCACAGGGAGCCCAUACUAUCUGAUGUGCAACAGUUGCCAUGGAAAAUAUUUGGCUGAGAAACCAAGACACAAGCAAGUCAAAUUAAAUCGCAAAGCAAAAGGAUUAGCGCCUGAUUUAAUCAACAAGCAUGAAAAUAUGCCUGAAGAGGACUGGGAUAUAUUAGAUGCUGAAGGAAAUGAGCAGCUUACAGGACUGGAAGAUUUUGCCUCGUUAGCUGGGCCACUUGGUUUGAAUGACAGCAAGUUGAUUCCAGAUCCAGUCCAAUUUCCAGAACAGGAUCCUCUUGGAGCAUCAAUUACCACUGAUAAUACAGAAGAGAUACUUUUAAAGAAAGGUGUGGACAAGUCUGAUGAGAAAACAUGUUCUAGACUGACUUUGGGUGAGCAAGCUGCAUCUCUCCAAGACACCAAAGAAAGAGUUCUUGCUCUCCAACGAAUCACAAUGGCGAUGCAAAUUCUUUUAGCACACACCAUGGUUAUGAAAGCUUUAUCACUUAUCUCUGUGAGUGGUUCUGUAUGCAGUCAGACAAGUGGACUGGAAGCUCUUGGAUUAACUGACAUCCGUACCUUGGUUCGAUUGAUGUGUCUUGCAGCUGGAGGCAGGGCUCAGUUGGCAAAUAGUGGAACAGAACAUUUAUAUUCAAGUACUCAGUUUAGACCUUCAAAAGGAACAACGUGGAGUACAAGCUCUUGCUUGAUGUACAUGAGUUCAGCUAUUGGCUGUCUAGUUGCAAACAGCCCCACAGCUUACAGGGCAUUGGUUAAUGUCUGUACUCAGGAUUUAAUUGCUGCUGCAACAGGCCUACAUAUAGGCGCAAUUCGUGAUGUGCAGCAAAAGAACAGGGUGCUUCACCUUUUCCGUAGACCAGCAAAAGACAAUAAACUUUCUGGCUCUCCCAACUUCCUGGUAACCCAAGCCUUGGUAGCAUUGCUUACAGAGAAAGGUUUUCGACAUCAAUCCAGUCGUGACAAGGAAGAAGCAGAAUCUAAGGAUGCUCCACAUACUUCAUCUGCAUAUUCUUACUCAUCAUCGCUUGUUGGACCCUUGGAGCUAGCCAAUGCACUUGCAGCUUGCUGCCUGUCUGGGAGACUGAGUUCUGGACAUCGUCAGUGGGCCGCACAGCAUCUUGUACAGGUCUUAUCUACAUCAGAAAGGAACAACCAGCUUAGACCUCAAACUUAUGCAGAUUUGGUAGGGGAUCUUCGGAAAUGCCCCACUGUUAAGCUGGAAGCACAUGAGAACCGGGUUACAAGUUCUUCCUGGUCAGUUGCAAAGGGUUUGCUAGCCACAAGUGCCCUGGAUAGAACCAUUCGCCUGUGGACUUUAACCAAAAACGCAGUUGCAUUAAUACAGACUGUUUACUUUAAAACUUGUGAGGACUCAGAGGAAAGGCCUUGUAGCCCUACAGGUGACUUCAAUUUGUCUCCAGUAUACUGGAGUGCAAGUGGCAGAUUCUUAGCAGCUUCACAAGAUAAAAUCAUCAAUGUAUAUCAAGUUGAUGGGAAUGACAUCCAUAUGAAAAUUCAGCCUUCCUGGGUAACUGCUUUGACAUGGGCAGACAUCCAAGCACCAUUCUUAAAUAAAGACAAUAACAAACAAGCUGAAGUUCUAUUAGUAGGACGACUGGAUGGAUCAGUUGGCUGCAUCGAAGCUACAGAGAAUAUUGUUUCUGACACGAUUGACCUAGUGCAUUGCCAGAGAAAAGAUGUUGCUGUUCAGUGCAUUGCCUGGUACAGUGAAGGUAAACCAAUUGCAGUUGGGUACUCUGAUGGGAAAAUUUUACUUGGAACAAGGGAACCUCAUAAUGUGGAAGAACCAGUGAUACUAGAUUCAUUUCAGGAAAGUGUAACAAGCCUGAAAUGGGAUCCAACUGGUCAUCUACUCCUUGCAGUUUCCAAGCAAGAGAUGGUGAAAGUAUGGGGAAGAAUAGGAAGUAUCUGGCUUGCAGUUCAAACUCUUUUUCACUCAGCGUUGGUCAAUACUUCAGCAUGGUGUCCACUUCCAGGGAAAGGUCUGGAUCCAAGACUAAUGCUUGCAGUGGGUUGUCAGAAUGGCUUAGUUUAUGUUUGGACACUAGCACAAGGCGGAACUGCAGUUUCGUUACCAAACCUCUUGCAUUCUUCUGACCUACAAGAAAAGCAAGCUGAGGAGAGAUUUCAGUUCAAAGGUAAAGCCAAAUGUGUGUUUCGUCUCAAUGCUCACAUAACUGCAGUGGUAGCAGUGUCCUUCAGUCCCAAUGGAUUAGCGCUUUUGUCUGGAGGAAUUGGAGGGUUGAUAAAUAUUUGGUCUCUGCAGGAUGGUUCAGUUCUGCAGACAGUGGUAACUGGUCUAGGGUCAGUAGUCGGAAUAGCCUGGAUUCCAGACGUUGGAGUAACGGUUUGCUCCAGCAGAUCAAAGGAUGUUCUCCUAAUAAGAUGUUCGCCAGAGUGGAUCUCACAGAACCACAUCUUACCAUCCUGUCGAAUGGCUCUUCGAGCACAGGGGAUUGUAGGACUGAAUAAGGCUCCAUGUAUGAAGGUUUUUAUUGAAAGAUUACCUUUGCUCCUGCACGCGCAAUAUGCAUAUGAAAAGCCGCAUGUAACCUGUGGAGAUCAACUGGUGCACAGCAUCUUUCUACAAAGUUUGUCCUCCCUGACAGUUGGUCUUGGUUUAGAUCAGUUCCUUUCCAGAACAACUGAUCCACCUCACCAUAAAAUCAGUACCCCAGAACCAGUUUCACCUGAAUGGGCUUGGCUGGCAACUUUCUCUGCUACUAUUAAGAGUGCUGAAGCAUUGGCAAAAGGAACCAGCUUCCCAGAAACCUUUAAUGUUCCAGACUUCAGUCAGGUUUCAGAUUCAGAAUUCAUCAAAGCACUGGAGAACAAUAAAUGGAGUUAUGUAAUGGAUGAGCAGCUUAUGACCUGGGCCACAUCUAGACCAGAGGACUGGCAACUAGGUGGUAAAAGUGAUGUAUUCCUGUGGGGAGGUGGACGUCAUGGACAGCUGGCUGAUGCUGGAAGCAGUGCUUUAGUACCUACUCUUGCACCAUCUUUGACACAAGCUGUGCAGGUGGUCUGCGGGCAGAACUGUACCUUCAUUGUUCAGGCCAAUGGAGCUGUUGUAGCUUUUGGAGAAGGCAGCUAUGGACGUUUAGGUCAAGGAAAUUCUGAUGACCUCCACACUCCCACUGUCAUUGCAACAUUGCAGGGUUAUGUUGUGACACAGUUAGUCACCUCGUGUGGAUCAGAUGGUCAUUCAAUGGCUCUGACUGAGAGUGGGGAGGUUUUCAGCUGGGGUGAUGGUGAUUAUGGAAAGCUUGGACAUGGAAACAGUGAAAGACAGCGCAGACCAAGGCAAAUCGAGGCCCUGCAGGGAGAAGACAUAGUGCAGCUCUCAUGUGGAUUUAAACAUUCCGCUGUGUUAACAGUUGAUGGAAAGCUCUUUACAUUUGGAAGUGGAGAUUAUGGGCGCUUGGGUCUCAGGAGCACAUCUAACAAAAUGCUGCCUGAAAAGGUGACAGCACUGGAAGAUUACUCAAUUGGACAGGUGGCUUGUGGAUUGAAUCACACCCUAGUUGUUUCAUCAGACGGAAUGACAGUCUGGUCGUUUGGUGAUGGAGACUAUGGAAAGCUAGGCUUAGGAGCAUGUACUGUUAAAUGCUGUCCACAGAGAAUUGAGGCCCUUUGCAAUAAAGGAGUGAAGAAAGUAGCUUGUGGAACCCAGUUUUCUGUUGUACUAACAAAGGAUGGACGUGUAUUCACUUUUGGACAAGAGCGUCUUAUAGGCUUACCAGAUUCAAUGCUGCGUAAUCACAACCGCCCACAGCAGGUGCCUGCGUUGGAAUCGAUGUUCAUUGAAGAUGUUGCAGUAGGAUCAGAGCAUACACUUGCUUUGUGCUCAACAGGGGAUAUAUUUGCUUGGGGAUGUAAUUCUGAAGGCCAGCUUGGUCUAAGUCAUACCAAUCAAGUUAAAGAACCAACAUUAAUUACUGCACUUCAAGGGAAGAAUAUUCGUCAGAUUUCAGCUGGCCGGUGUCACAGUGCUGCAUGGACCACCCCUCCUCCUCCACCUAGAACUCCUGCAAGUACAGUUCCCAUUCAACUUGGUAUGCCGCAGAUGGUACCUCCUCAGUACAGCGUGCUUAAAGAGUGCAGUCCAGAAACCCUCACAAAUAGGUUACGGGUUCUGUUUCACUUCUCUGACCUGAUGCACAAGUCUUGGCGACUACUAAAUCUCAACUCAAAUAAUCAGAUGAAUGCAUCCCUGUAUAAUAUCGGAGCUUCAGCAAUAGCUCAAGGGCGGCUGAGAGGACUCCUGUCUCCAAAAGUCAACAUUCUGCCACUAGUGCGAUCAAUAGGAAAAACUAUGAUUCAGGGAAAGACCUAUGGACCUCAGAUCACAGUAAAGAGAAUUUCUGCAAGGGGCCGGUCAACCAAGCCCAUCUUCAUUCAGAUUGCCAAACAAGUUGUGCAGCUCAAUGCCUCAGAACUGAGGCUUCCAUCACGAGCAUGGAAAGUGAAGUUGAUUGGAGAAGGUGCUGAUGAUGCCGGUGGAGUAUUUGAUGACACAAUUACUGAAAUGUGCCAGGAGUUGGAGAAAGGAGUGGUUGAUCUACUGAUUUCAACACCAAAUGGUGUUGCAGAAGUUGGUAGCAACAGAGACAGAUUUUUACUAAACCCAUCAGCUUGCACUGAAGACCACCUCCAGCAGUUUAAAUUUUUGGGGAUACUGAUGGCUGUGGCUAUUCGGACCAAGAAACCAUUGGAUCUACACUUAGCACCACUUGUAUGGAAACAACUGUGCUCAAUCCCACUCAUCUCUGAAGAUUUGGAGGAGGUUGACUUGCUUUACAUUCGGAACUUGUAUGGAAUCUUACAUCUGGAUGAUAGUGGGAUAACGGAAGAAAAUUUUCUGGAGAUGAUCCCCUUGGAUUCUUUUGUUGGCCAGAGUGCGGAUGGUAGGGUUGUUCCAAUAAUUCCUGGAGGAAGCAGCAUACCUUUGACUUUUGGAAACAGGAAGGAGUAUGUAGAGAGAGCAAUUGAAUAUAGGUUGCAUGAAUUGGAUCAACAGGUAGCAGCAAUAAGACAGGGAAUGUCAGCUAUAGUCCCUGUACCUCUCCUGUCUCUGCUUACAGAAAGACAGCUUGAACAACUCGUGUGUGGGAUGCCAGAAGUGAAUGUAGAUACUUUAAAAAAAGUUGUCCGUUACCGUGACAUUGUUGAAAAUCAUCAGCUGCUGGGCUGGCUCUGGCAAACACUGCAAGAGUUUUCUAAUGAAGAGAGAGUUUUAUUUCUUCGUUUUGUCUCUGGUCGCUCCAGGCUGCCAGCAAACCCUGCCGAUAUCACACAGAAAUUUCAGAUUAUCAAAGUGGACAGGCCUGUCGAUGGUCUUCCUACAGCUCAGACCUGCUUCUUCCAGCUUCGGCUACCCCCGUACUCAAGCCAGCAGGUGAUGGCAGAACGUUUGCGAUAUGCUAUUCAGAACUGCAGAUCAAUUGACAUGGACAACUACAUGCUAUCCAGGAAUGCUGACACUGGAGAAGGUUCAGACACUGAAUAUUGAGAGCUGCUUUCUUCAAUGCCACCUGAAAAUCAACUUUUCAAUUAAAAGAAUCUCAGGCGAUUACAUGAAAAAAAGAAACAAGCAGCAGACACAUAGACAAACUUUUUUUUUUAAUUGACAUUUUCUACUUUACAGGAUAAGCAUUUGCUACCUUACAAGUUUUACACCAAAACUCUGCUGGUCUUACUUUUUAAAGAAAACCAAUUAGUUUGACUUUGUGCACUACAGAAAAUCAGGAAUUGCGUACAUCCUGUAAAAUUGUAAUAUCACUUUUUUGUAGAAAACAUAUGCACGUUGUACACUGAUUAAGUCCAGCACUUUGCCUAAUUUAUGCAUUUUGUGUACGGGAUUGGGGUGGACAAUUGCCAAAUGGUAACCUGAUUAUGGAAACUUGACGAGGUGAAUCCAAUUCUUUUGUACUAAAAUAAUUUUCCAUACCACACUCAACAAUAAAGGAUCUGGGCCAUGCUAAAACAUUCAUAGCAUCUUCUUCUGUAGCUAGUGCACAUUCAUGCUUAGUGGUGACUUCGGAGGUGAUAGCUAAAUAUUUAAAAACUUGUGUCUUGGCAUAUGAAUUUAAUCAGUUGCAUUACAUAAAUUUUAUAAAGCCAGUUCAGUAGGGUUGAAACAAUUAUUGAGCUUUCUCAAUAGUAGCAUUCUCUUCAGAUUGCAAAAAUGUGAAUUUUUGAUUUAAAAAGAUUUUAUUUUUGCUGAGUUAAUUAUUACACGGGAAAAUUAGCUGAUGCAGUGGUAACUACUCUUGAUGGGAGCAGUAGGAAGUGCCUUUAAAAAUGAAAUCGGGAAUUCCUGUCCGUCAAAAAAUGCUUCUGCUUUUCAAGCAAUACACACAAGAUGCUGGAGAAACUCAGCAGGUCAGGUAGCCUCUAUGGAGAGAAAUAAACAGUCGACGUUUCAGGUCGAGACCCUUCAUCAGGACUGGAAAGGAAGAGGGUAGAAGCCAGAAUAAGAAGGUUGGGGGAGGGGAAGGAGUACAUUGCAAG